AGCCACGCCGCCACAACUCCUUAUGAGGAAACGACACAGAAGUCGGCGCCAAACUUGUGCCUGGCAUCGUAGUCCGGAUGGUUUCGUCUAAUCUUUGCUAUCCACGGUCUUAUAUCAAGCAACUGUUGUGGUAUAAUGUCUGCAGCUUCCAAGUCCCGGCCAGCAUCGCAAGCUCGAACUGGGACCACCAAAAGCGUAUUGUACGGCCCGGAGACGGAGACUAGCUUCAUCAGCCCAUAUGCGCUGGGAGGCGAUGCUGAGACUUCGGAAGCCCUGGACAGCCGAUCGCGUGCGGAAUUAGGACGGCGGCCUCUUGAGCCAAGCUCUCCGCCGCGGGACACCCUUUUGAACGGAUAUCGCUCUCUGAGCUGGCUGUUAGGAUUCAGGCAGAGCUACAGUCUGGUGAAUGGUGUUAUCUGGGGCGGAGCGCUGAUCGGCUUCUGUCUUGCCCGGAGCUUCACCAUGAAUGUUUCGCGCACACCGAGUCUUCUCGUUCCGGGUGAAUGGUUCUGGCUAAGCGCGCCGAUAUACAAAGUGAACAUCUUCAUUCACAUCUAUCUGACAACAAUCGGCGGUAUCUUUUCUGUUUUCCAAUUCUUCCCAGCCAUUCGCCGGAAAAAUGUACUUCUUCAUCGACUGAAUGGCAAGUUUUUGACAUUACGUGUCUGUGACCCAGCUCAUGGGAUGCCCAAAGGCUACGGUGUCCUCUUUUGCUUAGUUGUCGGGAAUAUAUGCGGCGCGAUCGUUGCACGACGUUCCAUUGGCGGUGAACUGAAUGUCCAAUCGGCAUAUUACAUCCUGGCCAUUAUGGUUGUGUACUCCGGUCUUCUGGGCGCGUACUAUGUCAAACGCGACACUCGACUGCAUCGUCGUUGGAUGCUUCGAAUGGUCGUUUAUUUUUCAACAAUUGUCACAGCCCGUCUCAUCGUUCUUGCUGCGCGCGAGAUCGUGACAAUGAUCGGCACAUAUUACUCUAUCUGGAGAUGUGACGAGAUCAUCAAUCUCCUCGAAUCGCCCGAUGUGCAGAAUUCCUUUCCGCAGUGUGUAGCACCUGGGGCAAAUGCAAGCGCCUUGUGGGUCGCUGUCCAUGCUUCGACGAAACGUGGGCCUCUUUACCUCGCCUCAUCAGUUCGGGCUACCCUUGGUGGGCAUCUUCCCGUCGUCCCGGAUUUGCUCACCUACAAUUUGGCAGGGAUGUGUCUCUGGAUCGCCACUCUGAUGCACAUGGCUGGCGUUGAGUACUAUCUCUAUCAAACAGAUGCAUCCAAUCAAGUCCGUUUCGGUUUUGUGUUGGAACCAUUGGAUUGGGUCGAAGAGGACAUAAAAAGCUAGUUCGAGGUUAAGGAUAGGUUUCCAUCUAACAAAGGUAGACUAGGACGGCUAAAGAUGCAAGUCAAUGAAUAUAUUUUCGGACAACAGAUGAAACCAAGCCCCGAUCUCACCUCAGUUAAAGCCAAUCCAGCACUCUAUGAUCCCCACCCACUGGUCACACUGCACUUCGUCGACAUUAUUGUCGAUAGCCUCCGAAAUACACGUCGCGCAGGCGUCGUAGCAUGUCUGUGGGGUCUUCCAGCCGUUCAUCUCACCCUUAUACCAGUUCCGAAAGGAUAGAGAAGAGCACAAACCAGUGCGGUAACCGGUCAAACAGCUGUGCAUAGAUUGCUGGUCGAGGCUCGGUUGUGCCGGGGAGCCCAUGUGGCAAGAGGCUUGCUGGCUCGCCGCGACAAAGCUGGCGAGGAUGAUGAAGAUGGAACUUUUGAAUUGCAUUGACGUCGGGGGGUCUCGAGAGUUUGUCAAUAUGGGGGGAAGGAGAUGGCAACGAGUUUGGGGUCUAGAGGGCUUAUAACGGAGCAGGGUGGAGUUGUAGAACUUUGAAUCUAUCUUCC